GAGUCUAUCACGGACUAGGUUGUUGAAAUUGUUGGAUUAAUGGAAGGAAUAAGCAGACGGAAUCUGAUUGCUCAUAAGGAUCAGAAUUUCUUUCUGGAUGUGGGGAGGAUGCUGCUGAGAUAUGGCAUAGACAACUUUUUGUUUUAACUUUUCUUUUUGAUGGUUUUUGUUUGGUGGAUUUGGUGGGGGUUUUUUUGGGUAUACUGAAGAGUUUAUUAACAUGAAAAACAGAAUUUGUGUUGAUACUUGUAUGGAGUUGGAUGCUAAAGAAGAAGUACCUCAUCAUCUCUUGGAUUUGAACUCAAGUGGAAGAGUGGAUGAUGGUCAUCACCUUGGAUCAAGUGAUUCAUUGUUCCCUGGUCUUAUUGAUGAUGUUGCCUUGAAUUGUCUUGCUUGGGCUUGCCAAUCGGAUUACACUUCAUUGUCGUGCCUUAACUCGAGGUUUAACGAGUUGGUUAGAAAUGGUGAUUUAUACGGUUGGAGAAAACGUUUGGGCAUUAAAGAGCAUUGGGUGUAUCUGGUUUGUGAUUUACAGGGUUGGGAAGCAUAUGAUCCUUUGAGGAAAGUAUGGAUGACUUUGCCAAAGAUGCCUUGUGAUGAGUGUUUCAAUCACGCCGACAAGGAAUCGUUGGCUGUUGGUAGUGAACUGUUAGUUUUCGGGCGUGAGAUGUUUGAUUUUGCUAUAUGGAAGUAUAAUUCAACUUGUAAUAGUUGGACAAAGUGUCGAGGAAUGAAUCGACCUCGCUGUCUAUUUGGCUCAGGUAGCCUUGGUUCAAUUGCUAUUGUAGCAGGUGGGAGUGAUAUAAAUGGGAAUAUUUUAGAUUCAGCAGAGUUGUAUGACUCUUCAUUGGGCACAUGGGAAAUGUUACCGAAGAUGACGACCCCGCGUAGAUUGUGUUCGGGGUUCUUUAUGGAUGAAAAGUUUUAUGUGAUCGGUGGAAUGUCGAGCUCCACCGUUUCAUUAACUUGUGGGGAGGAGUACAAUUUUCAAACAAGAAAAUGGAGGAAAAUUGAGGGAAUGUAUCCUUAUGUUAACAGGGCUGCUCAGGCUCCUCCCCUUGUUGCCGUAGUGGAUAACCAAUUAUAUUCAGUGGAGUAUUUAACUAACCUGGUUAAGAGGUAUGACAAAGUAAAAAACUCAUGGAAUGUAUUGGGAAGGCUUCCUCUGAGGGCGGAUUCUUCAAAUGGCUGGGGCCUGGCUUUCAAGGCCUGUGGUGAGGAGCUUCUUGUCGUAGGUGGGCAAAAAGGUCCGAACGGUGAAGCAAUCGUACUCAACGCUUGUUCUCCGAAGUUCGGCAUGAGGAAUGGAGCCUUGGAUUGGAAGUUUCUUGGUGUGAAGGAGCACGUCGGAGUGUUCGUCUAUAACUGCGCUGUCAUGGGUUGCUUAUAAAAUAACUCGACAGAAGAGCCCGACUCCAUCGCUAGAUCUGUCCCAUAUGGAGCCCUCGCUACAUUUACCUCGGUCGGCUACAACUGUUCAUCCCCGUAAUGCUUUUUUCAGUUUCUGAAUGUGCUUUUCAAGUGUCUCUUCUGUUUCUGUGUUGUCCUGUUGGUUAGUUUGAUCUAAGUUCUCUAUUGUCUGUUUGUCACAUUCAUCCUGUUUCCUUCAUUGCAUCUUUACUAAUAAAUAGUUAUAGCCUCUCCGGUCAUUGGAUUAUUGUUCAAUUCUAACAUUUCUAUGCUUUGAUUCAAUGGUAAGUCUACUCUCCUAUCAUCA